GUGGAUCGUCCGUCGUUCAACGCCCUUCACCUCUCAGCGGCCUUUACGCGGUUGGCCUUCUUCACGAAGCGGCGGAAGCUGAACGCUGCAGAUGUUCGGAGCCCUUUGUGGACCAGGUUGUCUGCCAGACUCCACCUACUGCUCAAGCAUGGAAAGAUCCCACCGCGUGCAGCUGCUAACAUCCUGUGGUCCAUCGUUCCAGUCUCGCAAGCAUUUGGCAAGCAGCUUCCCUGGACUACCCCAUCUUUGAUCCGCUACGUGAAGGACAAGGCCGGAUCUAUGAAUGCCUUUGACCUGGCAAACUCCCUCUGGGCUGUCGCAAGACUUCAGGAAGUGGAGCCACAGGUCCUCACAGCUGCUUUGGCAAACAUCCUCUGGAGUGUGGCCAAUUUGCACGAGAAGGCCCCUGAAGCCUUGGCCGUGGUCUCCGUGGUUGCAGCGCGCAUCCCGCGAAGGGUUUCGGAGUUUAACCCCCAGGACUUGUCGAACUGCCUCUGGGCGGCUGCGAGCCUUCAGGAGGCUUCGCCCGGCGUGCUUGCAGCUGUGCCUGCCAUGGCUCAGUGCGUACCGGGGAAAGUGGAGAACAUGUUGCCACAGCAUCUGUCGAACUGUAUGUGGGCAGCAGCAAACCUGCAAGAAAGCACGCCGGACGUUCUGACCUUCGUCCCCUGGGUGGCUGAUCGCAUACGCACGGAAGUCCACAGCAUGAUCCCACAAGCACUUUCGAACUGCUUGUGGGCAGCUGCGUAUCUGCAACAUGCAGCACCAGCAGUGCUCAGAGCGGUUCCUGCAAUCGCAAGCGCCAUUCCGGGAAAGGCAGAUGGAAUGAGUCUGCAAGAGUUGUCGAACUGCUUCUGGGCCUCUGGAAACCUCCAAGAGGCAGCUCCCGUUGCCUUAGCAGCCAUCCCUGCACUUUCAGAGCGAUUGCCACGGAAGCUCCUAGACAGCAUGGCUUCGAAACAGCGAAGUGGUGGGCUACAUGCAAAUGAAAAGCUGCACAGGAGGGCGACAAGGCUGCCCUGGCAGUUCGCUCACCGCGCAAGAUGGCGGACAUGA